AUUGACACGGGGACGAGCGUCUGCCCAUCACGCGCGGUGAAAGCGGCCGUCAGGAGGUGCGGACACGGACCCCAUCGUUCAGUGAUCGUGGACACUUAUUUUUGCGCGCCGCUUGUCAGUCGCUCUCCGUUCCGGCACCCCUGCGUGUUUGCCCGAGGUGCGCGCGCCCGAGUUGGGGGUACGCGCGCCGUGGCGGAGAACGAGCACAUCGGCGGCGGCCGCUCGCUCGGUGCGGAGGCUUGUCGGAAACUGCGGAUAUUCGCACCCUGUUCGCCCUGGUCAUCGUGGUCAUCUUGAACCCCCCUGGUCAAAGAGCCCAUGGUCCAGCAUGAGGACAGGCGUUUCCCAGAGGCCCACCUUGGAAGCUAGAGGAGAGGUCGGCCCUGCCGCUAUGAAGGCGAGCCGGCGGGAGGCUGCGUCCCGCUGCGGAGCCGGCCUGCUGCUCCUGCUCCUCUCUGGCCCGCUUGUCCUGUCCCAGCAGCCCUUGCUCUCCCCACCGCCCCCCACCACCCAGGCGCCGCCACAGAUUCCACUGGAAUGCACCCGCAAGGAGCACCCCACGGUCCCCUUUCGAGUACUAAGCCCCUGGAUCUCGAAUUUCUCCCACUCUGGAGUGAAGGACUUCUCCCAGCUGGCCCUGGACCUGACCAGGAAUCAGCUCAUAGUGGGAGCCAGAAACUACCUCUUCCGACUAACUCUGAACAACGUGUCCCUCAUACAGGCAACGGAGUGGGGCCCAGAUGACGACACUCGGAGGUCCUGUCAAAGUAAAGGGAAGACGGAGGUGGAGUGCCAGAACUACAUCCGGGUGCUGCUCGUCAACGGGCGGCGGGUGUUCACCUGCGGCACCAACGCCUUCCUGCCGAUCUGCACCGUGCGACAGGUGGGGAACCUGAGCCGGGUGCUGGAGAAGGUGAACGGCGUGGCGCGCUGCCCCUACGACCCGCGACACAACUCCACAGCCGUGGUGACGGAGAAGGGCGAACUGUACGCCGCCACCGUCAUCGACUUCUCGGGACGCGACCCGGUCAUCUACCGCAGCCUGGGCAACAUGCCACCGCUGCGCACGGCGCAAUAUAACUCCAAGUGGCUCAACGAACCCCACUUCAUCUCAGCCUACGACGUGGGCCUCUUCACCUACUUCUUCCUGCGCGAGAACGCCGUGGAGCACGACUGCGGCAAGACGGUGUACUCGCGGGUGGCGCGGGUGUGCAAGAACGACGUGGGCGGGCGCUUCCUGCUGGAGGACACGUGGACCACGUUCAUGAAGGCGCGCCUCAACUGCUCGCUCUCCGGCGAGGUGCCCUUCUACUACCACGAGCUGCAGAGCACCUUCUACCUGCCGGAGCAGGACCUCAUCUACGGCAUCUUCACCACCAACGUGAACAGCAUCGCCGCCUCUGCAGUCUGCGCCUUCAACCUGAGCGCCAUCACACAGGCCUUCAACGGGCCCUUCCGCACCCAGGAAAACCCUCGUUCCGCCUGGGUGCCCACACCUAAUCCCAUCCCCAACUUCCAGUGCGGCACCAUCAAGGACAGCGGCCCCAACGAGAACCUGACGGAGCGCAGCCUACAGGAUGCCCAACGGCUCUUCCUCAUGAAUGACGUGGUGCAGCCCAUCUCCGUGGACCCGCUGGUCACGCAGGACAAUGUACGGUUCUCCAAGCUGGUGGUGGACAUUGUGCAGGGCCGGGACACGCUCUACCACGUCAUGUACAUCGGCACGGAGUACGGCACCAUCCUGAAGGUCCUCGCCACAACCAACAAGAGCAUACGCGGGUGCUAUCUGGAGGAGAUGAAGCUCCUUCCGGAAGGCGUGCAGGAGCCGAUCUUGAGCCUGCAGAUCCUCCACAGCGACCGGUCGCUCUUCGUUGGUUUGAACAACAGAGUGCUGAAGAUCCCUCUGGAGAGAUGUUCAAACUACAAAACCGAAAAGCUCUGCCUGGAUUCCCGGGACCCCUAUUGCGGCUGGGACCGAAAACAGAGGCGCUGCACCACCAUUGAGGACAGUUCCAACAUGAGCCAGUGGAGCCAGAACAUCACUGCGUGCCCGGUGCGGAACCUGACUGUGGAUGGUGGGUUUGGGCCUUGGACACCUUGGCAGCCCUGCAGCCAUGAUGAUGGGGAGGGCACCAGCUCCUGCAUGUGUCACUCCAGACCAUGUGACAGCCCUCUCCCACAGUGCGGUGGAUGGAACUGCCAGGGUCCCACAAUGGAGGUGUCCAACUGCUCCAGGAAUGGAGGCUGGACACCCUGGUCAUCCUGGGCCCAGUGUAGUACCACCUGCGGGAUCGGGUUCGAGGUGCGUCAGCGCUCCUGCAACAACCCAUCACCGAGACACGGGGGCCGGGUGUGUGUGGGACAGAGCCGGGAGGAGAGGCUGUGCAACGAGAAGGUCACGUGUCCGCUGCCCAUCUUCUGGUCGCCAUGGGGAUCCUGGACCAAGUGCAGCGCUGAGUGUGGCGGUGGGGUUCACUCCAGGGUCAGAAGCUGCGAGAAUGGAAACAUCUGCCCAGGCUGUGCACUGGAGUACAAGGCCUGCAACCUGGAAGCGUGCCCGGAGGUGCGCCGCAACACACCCUGGACGCCCUGGAUGCCCGUCAACGUGACGCAGGGCGGCGCGCGCCAGGAGCAGAGGGUGCGCUACACGUGUCGCGCCCCCCUGCCGGACCCCCACGAGCUGCAGCUUGGCAAGCGCAAGGUGGAGACGCGGUUCUGCCCCAACGACGGCUCCUCCGCCUGCGAGACGGACUCUCUGGUGGAAGAGCUGCUGAAGACGGGCCGGCCUGUGGUGCGAGCGGCGGGCACCGGUUGGUCACUCUGGGAGACGUGGUCGGCGUGCUCCAAGGACUGUGGCAAAGGCUUUCGAACCCGAAAGCGCACAUGUACCCCGCCUGAUGGCAGGAGCGCCCCAGCGGCCUGCGGCGGCUCUGCCGUGGAGUACCAGGACUGCAACCCCCAGCCGUGCUCAGUCAAGGGUGCCUGGUCGUGCUGGUCCCCCUGGUCCCAGUGCUCGGCCACCUGCGGCGGGGGGCACUACCAGCGCACACGCAGCUGCAGCAAUCCUGCCCCAGCUGGCGGAGGGGACAUCUGCAUCGGCCUUCAUACAGAGGAAGCCCUGUGCAACACCCAGCCCUGCGAGGAUGGCUGGACUGCUUGGUCGGAGUGGGGCUCCUGCAACGAUGGCGGGCAGCAGCUGCGCAGCCGCACCUGCCAGGCCCACAAUAUGGGCUCCAGACCCUGCCUGGGCAACGGCACGGAGCUCAGGGACUGCCUGCUGAACCGGAUCCCAGUGAUCCUCCCAGCAUCUGGCUUUGACCAGGACCUGCAGUGUGGAGGGUUCACCCUGAUCCACCUGAUCAUCACCGGCAUCUCCUGCUUCUUGGGCGCCGGCCUGCUCAGCUUCCUGGCCUACAUCUACUGCCAGAAGUUCCACAAACAGUCGCAGGAGUCGGCCGUGAUCCACCCGACCACGCCCAACCACCUCAGCUACAAGGGCAACAGCACACCAAAGAACGAGAAGUACACCCCCAUGGAGUUCAAGACGCUGAACAAGAACAACCUGCUGCCGGAUGAGAGGACCAACUACUUCCCGUCGCCGCUGCAACAGACCAAUGUGUACACCACCACCUACUACCCCCCCACGAUCAAUAAGUAUGACUACCGGCCGGACUCGUCCCCCUCCCCUUGCAGGACCUACCCACAGAGCUGAAAGAGGCCUGAGCCCCCGCAGACUCAUACAUCCAGCCCAAAUCCAACAUGAGCGUUGCCAUGGCAACCGGACUGGACUUUCCACGCCCACCCCUCCCCUAUGGGGUGUUGUAUAAAGACUGGAGGCUUUGGAGAGCCUGGACGCCUCGCCUGUUCCGUGUUUCUUGUCUUCAAGAGAGACCGAACCUGACAUUUUACUGCGGUAUCCACCCCCUCUGCUCAGUCCUGGACAUCUGUGCUUUAAAGACGCUGGUUUUUAAGAACCGCAACGGGUGGAGUUACACACAGACAGGAUGCAGGGACUCGGCCAUGCGCAGGACUCGGCCGCCCUCGGACCCAGAGGACAGAAAAGCGGGCGGAAGGAGGGGAAAAAAAGGGCAACCGGAGGAUCGUGUGGACGGUUCAGCGUGAUUCUGUAACACCGGUUAUUCCCACUUGAAUGUGGUUAAACACAACAUCAUCCAAGAAAGAACAAAAAAACGUACAAAAUUUAAUGGAUAAACUAAACGUUAAAGCCAUAAAUAAAAAAUGACCUUAGCGCGUACUUCGGUAUUGGCUCUCGCAGAGGGACUCAAAAGUGAAUUAAAGAAAUCCAUAUUAAUCCCAUUGUGUUCGCAGUCAGUUCACUUCCAAGGUUUCCUAUGGCUCGGUUUUCGAUCGGCCCAUCGAUCAGGUGGCUAUGAGCUACGGCCAGAGCCCACUCCCCGCCGCAGGCUACUCGCCGAGUCCUGAAGGACACGGAAACGGGUGUCCUGUUCCGCCCGUGAUUGCGCGCUGCACGGCAGAGAGGACCCUGUCUGCUUUUCAUGGGCAAACAGCUGGAAACAGCUGUCUUCUCGUUCGCUCACAGCAGAGAUCAUACACCGGCAGGUCUCCCUCCCUGCCUGCCUUACCAGGCCACAGAGAUCUUCUGCAAUUCGAGAGUUACUGGAAAACAUCCAUCGCAGGACGCGUGGUGGUUCGGGGCCUGUUUCAUCACCUUAGAGAAUGCGGGUGCUGCUGGGCGAGCGUGUGGCAACACCUGGAGUGCCCGCAGCGGAGGGUUCGAUGUGGGCGUCGGGGCAAACCGUGUCAUCUGGGAGACACGGCAGGUGGGUGGAAAGAUCAGCGCCGCGUCUCGAUGCCUUUUGUAUCAGAUCGGCGGUUGAAAGUGGACUGCUGACCGACUGUGCCAAGAUCCCAAAUGAACGAAAGCAAUUGUGUAUGAUUUGGGGCAAAUUAGACACUGUAUGAAAAUCUGUACUGCGUUUCAAAACAUGCUAUGAUGUAUGCUGCUUUUGACGCUUCCUUUACAUCUUUCGUUCGAAAGAUGUAAAAAAAAGGGUAGUAUAAACGAUUCCUUCCCUUAUCGGGCUCUUUCUGCCGUAACACAUCCAUCACCAUGCCUGGUUUGCAAAUAGGUAAAACAGAGCAAGUAGAGUAACAGCAUGCGUAAGAAUAUAUUUACUCUGUCCGUGUAUUCGCUUUGAGAAAUGUUGACCAGUGUAACGCACCAAGGUUCUCGCUAUUAACAGUUCUAAUCGAGGUUUUUAAAGAAUCUAUUGUACCGUGCUGGGAGAGAUUUCAAGGAAAAUGUGUGCACCUGUGUGUGUGUGUGUGUGUUUGUGUGUGUGUGUGAGCGCAGGGAGUCAGGCGAAUGGGUUACAGAAAAUGAUCUCCUAUACGUAGAGACAUUCUCAUCCGUUGCCAGUGAAAUAUGCGUCGCGGAGGGACAAAUCCUAUCACGUUCGUGCAGAAAAAAACGGUCCGUCACACUGCAUUUCAAAGGACGCAAACAACUGUAAUUUAUUGGAUAUAAUUAGUGGUUCAUGGAGAAAUUCCUGACCAUUCCUUCGGACGCAACGGCUUCCUUGGACACCGCGGCCUUGUGAUGUAACCCGUGUGUUCAGCGACGCCCGAGCCGUCUAUGUACAGAAGAGAUGCUGUUCAACAAUGUAUAUAUGAAACUAGAAUUAUGUAAAUGCGUACUGUAUAGCUAACACUCUUUAAAGCCUUAUAGAUGUAAAAAGAGCAGGACUUGUGUAAAUAGCAACCGUGGAGAAGAAGGUGUGGCGUGGAGUUUGUCUGGUCAGCGCUGUGUUGAAGAACUUCUCAACAGCCAACUGCAGGGUAUUACCAUCGGUUUGGGGUUUCCGUGCGAGACGGUAAUUCUCCGGAUCGCUUUUUACCAUGAUGUGAUCCACUUCAGAUGUGAAGGCUGGUGUUUCCGUACCGGCGUAACUAAUCGACGCAAGUCCUUCCUGCGAGGAAACAAGGUGCGCUCGAAAGAUCUUGACCUCGACGAGUAACACUUGGGCGACGGCCAUGGUCUCUAUUCCACCUCCCGAAUGCAUGGCUUGUUGGAUUUUUAGUUAUGGUUUGAUCUUGGAAUGUAACCUUGUCUGAUUGGAUGUGUUUCCCUAUGAUUAUUUUUGACUGGAUGUCUGUACUCUCGGGACGCAGAUGUGUCGAUGAGCUCCAUUGCAACGGUUCGGUGCCCUUCUAUGCAAUUGACUUGUUGGUACUGUUAGAUAUGUGAUCUACACUGUAAUCACUGCCUUUUAGACACUGUGAAUUUUUUGCUACUCUCUAUUUUUGUACAUUGUACAUUGUAAAGAAUAAUAAACCAGAAUCUCGA